AGCCGAGAUAGGAGUGAGCUCCCAAAUCUGUCCGUGGACUUCCCCAUUGGGGAAAGAAAGACGGAGCAAUAGCGGAAAAACCCCUAAUCCCCUCAAACUAAAUCCCUAGGUCUUGCCCCCAAUCCCGUAGCAGCAGCAGCAACCGGCGGCCGAUAAUCCGUCGGGAAGAGAAGGCGAGAUGGAUCAGCCCGGAGAUCACGAGUACGACCAGGAGCACGAGGAAGAAGAGGUUUACGGCGGCGAAAUCCCUUACGAGGGAGACAUGGAAGACGACGUCGACAUGUCUGCCAGACCUGAAGAGGACGAGAACGCGGACCGCAGUGCCAAGGAAUUGGAGGACAUGAAGAAGAGGCUGAAGGAGAUCGAAGAAGAAGCUGGCGCUCUUCGUGAAAUGCAGGCUAAGGUAGAGAAGGAGAUGGGCGCUGUGCAAGACUCCUCGGGUACUUCUGCAUCUCUGGCCGAAAAGGAGGAAGUUGAUGCCCGCUCAAUCUAUGUUGGCAAUGUGGAUUAUGCUUGCACUCCGGAAGAAGUUCAGCAGCAUUUUCAGUCUUGCGGAACUGUCAAUAGAGUGACAAUUUUGACAGACAAGUUUGGUCAGCCUAAGGGAUUUGCUUAUGUCGAAUUUGUGGAAGUGGAUGCUGUGCAGAAUGCCCUCCUGCUAAAUGAAUCUGAACUGCAUGGCCGUCAAUUAAAGGUCUCUGCUAAGAGAACAAAUGUUCCUGGCAUGAAGCAGUUCCGUGGAAGGCGGCCCAACCCAUAUUUUAGAUUUCGAAGGCCUUUCAUGCCUGUUCCCUUCUAUCAACCAUAUGGAGGGUACGGAGCCAUGAAUGCUCUUGCGGCCACCAACCGUAAUUUCAGAGCUGCAGCCAGGAUUCUUGGUUUGGACUCCAAGGUGGAGAAGAGUCUUCUGAUCCCCUUCAGGGAGAUCAAGGUGGAGUGCACAAUCCCGAAAGAUGAUGGGACUCUGGUGUCCUACAUUGGCUUCAGAGUGCAGCAUGACAAUUCUAGAGGACCCAUGAAGGGAGGAAUCCGAUAUCAUCCUGAGGUCGACCCAGAUGAGGUAAAUGCAUUGGCUCAAUUGAUGACAUGGAAGAGCGCCGUGGCAGAUAUUCCAUAUGGGGGAGCAAAAGGAGGGAUCGGAUGCACUCCGAGGGAUUUGAGCACGAGCGAGUUGGAGCGUCUAACUCGUGUCUUCACUCAGAAGAUUCAUGAUCUAAUUGGCACCCAUACAGAUGUUCCAGCUCCAGACAUGGGGACUAAUUCUCAGACCAUGGCGUGGAUAUUGGAUGAAUACUCCAAGUUCCAUGGUCAUUCCCCAGCAGUUGUCACAGGAAAGCCCAUUGAUCUUGGUGGAUCGCUCGGUAGGGAGGCUGCAACAGGUCGUGGGGUCGUUUUUGCUACAGAAGCUUUGCUGGCUGAAUAUGGGAAGUCCAUUGAGGGUCUGACUUUUGCGAUUCAGGGUUUUGGAAAUGUGGGGUCAUGGGCAGCAAAGAUCUUCCAUGAGAAAGGUGGGAAGGUUAUAGCAGUGAGUGACAUUACUGGUGCAGUUAAGAAUCCAAAUGGAAUCGACAUACCUGCAUUGAUCGCGUUCAAGGAAUCCACUGGUAGUUUGUACAACUUCCCUGGUGGAGAGUCUAUGAACCCUAAUGAACUUCUGGUGCACGAGUGUGAUGUCCUUGUCCCUUGCGCCUUGGGAGGAGUCUUGAACAAAGAAAAUGCUACUCAUGUAAAAGCCAAAUACAUUAUAGAGGCAGCAAACCAUCCUACUGACCCAGAAGCAGAUGAGAUUCUAUCCAAGAAAGGAGUGAUUAUACUUCCUGAUAUCUAUGCAAAUUCUGGAGGUGUUACUGUGAGUUACUUUGAGUGGGUUCAGAACAUUCAAGGAUUUAUGUGGGAAGAAGAACAGGUGAACAAGGAGCUCAAGAAAUACAUGACUAAAGCCUUCAAGAACAUCAAGGGCAUGUGCCAGACACAUGAGUGCAAUCUUCGGAUGGGGGCGUUUACUCUUGGGUUGAACCGGGUUGCUCGAGCCACCCUGUUAAGAGGAUGGGAAGCAUGAUUGCAGUCCAAGCUUCUGAUUACAUUUUUUUACCCCCUACCUUUCCUUGGUUUUGUUUCCUGAGAAUGUGGUCUCUAGUGGUUGAAUCAUGUGGAUUUAUAUUUCAAGUAGCUAGCUUUUUUAAGGUUUCAUAGUGCAGUUAAACACCUUCCAACUAGACUCUUUCAAUAAGCAUUAUUGUCACCCUGGAAGUUAUUCAAUGAGUGAUUCAAAUCAAUGCCAGAUGAUUUUGCUUUAACUGGUGAGCUUUGUUGACUUUUUCUUGAACAUUACAAUAUGGGGGAAAAAGCUUAUAGCCCAUACUGUUUUACUGACAGAAAUUGCAGGUGCAAAAGAUAAGUUUCUUUAUCUUGCACAGCAUGGGGGCUUGUGUUCACUAACCGAUUCCCCCUAUCCUCUCCCGCCAGUCCUCACUACCAAAAGACCAAACAGUAGUAAUCCAAACAAGAGAAAAAGGAACCUUGGUAAAAUUCCAUGGCUUCCAUUGCAAUAUCUGCAUCUAUACACAGCGCUUGCUGCUGCAGCAGCUCGCAUCAUGCUACAAAGAAGCACCAACCUCCAUCCGCCCAUGCCAGGCCAAAAACACAUUCACUGGCUUCAAAACAAGCCACCCAUGUUACUACUGUAACAGUUGAUGGUUCUCAAAAGGGUUCAAGUCCAGCAGCAGCCAUGGCUGAACAGCCUGCCUCCCACUUUGUGGUGCCAAAGGUUGACGACGACACUGGCAAAGAUGCAGAGGGACAUGGGUCAGAAGCAAACGCAGAGUCGGGUCGCCUGAAAUUCGUGGAUGAACGGUGGAAGAAGGGAACCUGGGAUCUUAACAUGUUCGUUGAUGAUGGGAAAAUGGAUUGGGAUGGCCUGAUUACUGCUGAGGCUAAAAGAAGAAAACACCUGGAAUUAUUUCCUGAAGCAACAAGGAACGAAGAACCCGUGGUCUUCAGGAGCUCAAUCAUUCCAUGGUGGGCUUGGCUGAAGAGAUCGUAUCUCCCUGAAGCAGAGCUGCUGAAUGGACGAGCGGCAAUGAUAGGGUUCUUCACGGCGUACGCGGUGGACGGUCUGACCGGGAUGGGUCUGGUUGGUCAGACCGGGAACUGGGUCUGUAAAACGGCUCUGUUGGUGACGAUUGUUGGAGUGAUUCUGCUGAGGCGUAGUGGAGAUUUGGUGAAGCUGAGGAAACUGGCGGAUGAGGCCACGUUUUACGACAAGCAGUGGCGGGCGUCCUGGGAACAAGAAGAAGAGAAGAUCUAGACUCGGCAGUCUGAGUCGCGGGUUCCCGGCAAGAUCCGGAGCUGAUGCAAGAAAACGGUGUACUACUCUCUUGAUGUGAUGCUUAAUGUAAACUAGGGUAAUUUUGGAACUUAGAACACCAGAU